AAGUCAGUGUGGUAUCUUAACUUCUGUAAAACCUGCAUCACUACAUACUGGGAUGGUAAUGACUUCUGUCAGUGUCCCAACUGUAAAGAGAUUUUCUGCACCAGACCUGAGCUGCGGGUCAAUAGGUUCAUCUCUGAGAUGGUUGCUCAGUACAAACAGUCAGCUCAACAAAAUGAAAGAAAGAACGGUGAGCUGAGUUGGGUCCAGCAGUAUGAGGUGGAUGUGAAACUUGAUCCGAAAACAGCGAAUCCCUAUCUCAUCCUGUCUGAGGAUGGAAAACAAGUUCAACAUGGCAAUGUAAAGAAGAAUCUCCCCAACAAUCCAGAGAGAUUUAGUUGGGCUACAUGUGUUUUAGCAGAGCAGAGUUUCUCUUCUGGCAGAUUUUACUACGAGGUUCAGGUUAAAGGGAAGACCGACUGGACUUUAGGAGUGGCCUCAGAGUCAAUGAAGCGGAAGGGAGGAAUCUCAGUGAUGCCUCCGGAAAACUGGACGAUAUGGUUGAGGAAUGAAAACAUGUAUGAAGCUCUUACCGGGGCUCCAGUUAGUCUCUCCCUGAAGUCUGGUCCUGAGAAGGUGGGGGUGUUUGUGGAUUAUGAGGAGGGUCUGGUCUCCUUUUAUGACGUUGAUGCUGGAGCUCUGAUCUACUCCUUCACUGGCGGCUCCUUCACAGAGAAACUCUACCCAUUAUUCUGUCCCUACAACAACAAUGGUGGUAAAAACUCCACGCCUCUGAUCAUCUCUCCUGUCAGUCACACUGGAGCGAAUUCGCAAAGAAUCAACUGCAUCCACUAAUAGCACCAAAAAUUAAGCAUAAUUUACUUACCUGCUUCAUCUCAAGGUCUAAUUCACGAAGCAUACCUCUUGUAGCCUUCAACGUUCAACCAGGGCCAAGAAAGUGUACCGUGCUUGAGCAUGGAUCAUGAGCACUCACACUAGUCCAAGAUAUUGGACUGUCUUAUUUCACAAUCUUACGCUCAGGAGUGAAGCUGGAAAUUAAUCAGCUUAAUUAGCCCGUCUAUGUAGCUCCUCAGUGGUUUCAAGUUUAGGCUUAGCCGCUAUAUUCUAGUCAAAAAAGUGAAUGUGUUCUCCGUCUGGCAACACCUAUAAAGAGUAUCACCUUAACCCAAAGGUGACACCUGCUGGAGGCUGUAGGAUUUUGUCUGUGGGUGCUCUUUGUCUUUUAUUUUAAUUAAUGUUGUUUCUCUUGGUUGUACAGCUCUUGGCUCAACAUGAGUGGUUUUUAAAUGUGCUUUAAAGGCUUAAUAUGUAAUUUUUCACACUUAAAUGUAAUAUAAAUCAAGUAUAUCCUCUGAAAAUAACUCUGUGAGUAAUGACUGUCUACAAUGGGUGUAACACCCGAGUCCUAUCUUCACUUUGUUUACAUCGCUUGGACAGCCGGUUGGCUCAUCCCCUCGCAUAUAUAAGUUGUUUAAUUGAGGGACUAGAGAAAAGAAGAAUAACAUACUAUACUCACUGCGUUUCUAGAUCACGAUCAUUUCGGGUAAAUUUACAUGCAGUGUGAAGAUACGAGCAUAAUAAAGAUCGCUAGCAUUAGCAUGCUAACACAACAAUGCAGCACAAGUUGUUUUGGUUUCAUGCUGGUGCUCAAGGGCGACAUCUGCUGGAUCAAAAAAAUCACAUAUAAAGCCUUUAAAAAUAGACUUGACUUGAAAUGAGUUUCCUCAAAAGGGAUGCUGGACUCAGCCUUAGAGAUAGGUGUGAGGAGCUGGGAGUACAGCUGCUGCUCCGUCAAGAUUUUUGUUUCACACAUGCUCACACAGAUGUGCAGUGAAAAACAGGAACUAGAAAACGCACGGGGGAUGAGGGACAACUUGCUUAGCUUGUUGCCACCGCUACCUGGCCUCGGAUAAGCGGAGGGAAAAUGGAUGGAUGAAGAUGAAAGCAGUUUUGUUUUUUAUGUUAAUAUGUAACAUUAAUCUUAAAUGUGUCACAUUGCUGUAGUGCACUGAUGAAUGCAUCAUAUGAAGUCAGAAACUAAAGGCAGUCUGCGUGAGCAUGGACGCUACAUUCAAACCUUGUUAUCGGAUGAUGAUUGUUUCUCUAAGAAGUGAUAACAAAAAGCUGAUGAGCUGUUUUCUAAUUAGACAAAAGUGAUUUGCUUUUCGCUCUUUUUCUGUUUGAAUAAACUUACGUUGAAUGUUUUUGGUGUGUAAAGAAGUUUUUUUUCCAUUUUCGUUCAAAGAGCCUAAUAAAAUACAUAGGUGUUUUUU